UCACCUACGCCCUUUUCAAAUUCAGACAAGACGCCGGGCAAUGUGGCUGAACACUGCGGGUUUAAAAUGAAUAAAAUAAAUAUAUAAAUAGUAAUAAUAAUAAUAAUAAUAAUAAUAAUAAUAAUAAUAAUAAUAAUAAUAAUAAUAGUAACAAGCCAGCUACUAUAUCUGAUAACAAAGUAACAAUAAAAGGCGAUUUAAAAUGAAUAAUCGCACAGAAGUCAUAAUAAUUUCAAUAAAUUAAUAAGAGAUUACCCUUUUGGAUACAGAAGGAAACACGACUGUAGAAAAGAUCAAGCGAACGGCUUCUUGGGACUCACACGGAUCGACACGUCCGGUCCGCUAUGGGUCCGGCGCUUCAGUACUUCAUGCCGCGGCCCGGUCCGGACCCGAGGGGCGUGGCUCUGGAGCCGUUCGUGCACCAGGUGGGCGGGCACAGCUGCAUCCUGCGCUUCGACUCGGGGACCGUGUGCAAAGUGCUGAUCCGCCGUGAACACGACGUGUACCACAGCCUGCCGGCCGACCUGAGACCGUUCACGGCGCAGUACCGAGGUGUGGUCUUGGUCAGAGUGGAACAGUCCAAGACAGGUUCGAUCCUAUUGAUCGCCCACCCGGCCGGAAUGAACCAUGUCUCUGUGGCGGGGGUGUGCUGCCCCAAGAGGAACAGAGGCACUUCCUGGGGGAGAGAGGGGGAGAGGGUCGGAGAUAGUGCAGGGAGCCCCAAAACUCGUGACGAGACUCUGGAAGCCCUGAAGCAGCCUUACAUGCUGCGGCUGCCUCUCUCGGGCUGCCCACCUCGAACCCAGGACCUGCUGGCACAGCUCAACCCCUGGGCAAGGAGGCUGUACCAGUACAGGGUGGAGCGACUGAGAGAGGAGGGGGAGAGAGAGUUUCUCCUCCUGGAGGACCUGACUCAGGGGUUCAGGCUCCCCUGUGUUCUGGAUGUGAAGCUGGGGUGCCGGCAGCACGGCGAGGGGGCGAGUCUGGAGAAGCAGAGGAGCCAGAGCAAGAAGUGUGAGCAGAGCACCUCUGCAGAGCUGGGGAUGAGAGUGUGCGGCAUGCAGGUGUUUCAGCUGGAUUCUGAUCAGAUGAUUUUCCUCAAUAAGUAUCUGGGGCGCAGCCUGUCUGCGGAGGGCUGUCGGGGGGUCCUGGGGCAGUUCUUCCACAGCGGGGCGCAGCUGAGGCGUGGGGUCAUUGCGGGGGUCCUGACGAGGCUGGGGGAGCUGAGGGAGAUUGUGGAGAGGCAGGAGGGGUAUCGCUUCUACUCCAGCUCCCUGCUUAUCCUCUACGAAGGGGCAGAGCCCUGCUCGGUGGACAGUGUCAGGUUCGAUGUGCGUCUCAUAGACUUCGCUCACACCUCCUCUCCUCUCUUCUCGUCUCACGAUGGCGUGACUCACGGAGGUUCGGAUGCAGGGUUACUGCUCGGGCUGCGGAGCCUGCAGGGCAUGCUGGGAGAGAUCCUGAGGCAGGACCAGGAGGGAAGAGAAGGGCUGCAGAGACCCACGCCGUUAUAGCGACCGUACCCCCCCCCCCCACCCACUCCUCCACCAACACCCUUUACUUUCCACACCCACACCCCGUGUCUCAAAUGUAAUCUAAAAUGACUGUUUCAGAAGCCAGUAUCAAUGCUUCAACACUGGAUCUGUGUUUCUAAAUACCACAUCUCUCUCUCUCUCUGUCUUAGUCACACAAAUGACUUUAGUCUUAAAGCUGCAAUACACAAACCCACCAACAUGCCCGCUAUUAAACUGAUAACUCAAGACUCCCGCUGGCUUGUGUGUGGUUCAUUUAAAAACUAGACAGUACUGCCACCUUCUCGCACUGCAGAUCGGAAUCAGGGACAGACGUUAAAGCUACAGCAGGGUCAAGUCUCCCCUCUGAUCGCGGUGAGAGUGUGUUUCAUUCUCUCGUCUUUGUGUGACAGACCCUCCCUCUCCCUCAGUUUUAUAUCAGCUAAUCUGUGGUGUGUCUGUGUCUCAUGUUUCUAAGUGUUGGGUGUCUCCUCUCUGAUCGUGUUGAGAUUCUCUCUUGCGCGGUUUGCUGUGUCUGUCAUACAAAGAGUGCAAGAGAAUGAAUCUCAAGACGAUCAGAGGGAAGACACCCGACACUUCGAAACAUAUAACUCACUCUAAAUAAAAACCAAAACGCUGAUAUUAAGGUAUUUAAAUCUGGUUUUUUUAUAUUAUCACUCUCAGUGGUAAUAGGUCAUAUUAUCAACGUUACUUUCACCUUUGAGGUCUUGAAAGCUUUGGAUUAAUUGUUCAGUUUGUCCAAUUCUCUUUGUCUAAUGUUAGCACUCCUCUGUGCGUUUUAAUGCUGGGGAUGCCAUCAACACACAGAUGAUGUACAGGAAUUGUUGAUAUUUUUCAAUAUAUAAUAAAAUCACAACACACACGGUUUAUUUAAAGAAACUAAUAUUUUGUUUUUAUUCAGAACAUGGUUUUUGGUGGUUGCAAGCAAUGGGAGGCUUCUGAUUGGCUCAGCUCAGCCAGCACCCCGCCCCCUGGUGCAUUUCAGCCCCGCCCACCCCUGGCAUCAGGGUUUUCAGGGAGGAGCGUCAUUAGCUGGGGUGAGAGCACUUGACAGGCGGAUUAGCCAAUCAGAAGCCUCGGUUUCACAACGACAGAUUCCUUGUGGUUUUGGGACAAGCUGCUCAAUUCUUGUUCCAAAAACCAGCAAAGGUCUAAAAGUUUAUGAAACCACUUUUUUUUUUUUUACAAAUUAGAUUUCAUUUUUAAAAGCACAUCCCUUUUUUUACGCCAAAAAAACAUGUAAAAAGGAAAAUAAAGCUCAUAUUUAUGAAAAUGUACAAUCUCUUAUCUUCACCUUUUAUUAAUUAAAUUGAUAAUUCAGCAGCACAACAAUAACAGCAAAAAAAAAACAGAUUUGUACUGUAGAUAACAG